AUGGGUAUUGGAAGGCCUAAUUUGUUAAUUACGGAUGCCUUUAAUGCUUUAUACAAUCAACCAAAGCAAAAACAACGUGAUGAAAAUUUGGUGUCUAAAUUGCUUUCUACUGUUCGGGAUGGUGGAGACGUUAUGAUUGUUAUAGACACAGCUGGACGUGUUUUAGAAAUUGCACAUUUGCUUGAUCAACUAUGGCAAAACAAAGAAGCAGGCUUGAUGACAUAUAAUUUGGUUAUGUUAAGUGCUGUAGCGUCUUCAGUUAUUGAAUCAGCAAAAUCACAAGUUGAAUGGAUGUCUGAUAAAAUUUUGAGAAUGUUUGAAAUGGGAAGGCAAAAUCCUUUUCAAUUGAAGCAUGUUCGUUUUUGUCAUACGCUAAUGGAUUUAAAUCGUGUUAGAUCUCCGAAGGUUGUCUUGGUCAGCGGAUUGGAUAUGGAAAGCGGGUUUUCACGAGAACUUUUUCUUGAAUGGAGUACUGAUACAAAAAAUAUGGUUAUUGUUACAGGAAGAGCUGGCGAUAGAACUUUGUGCUCAAAAUUAAUAAGAAUAGCUGAAUCUCGUGAAAAGAAGCGUGCGACAAAUAAUACAGUUACUCUAGAAGUUAAGAGACGUGUGCGUUUGGAAGGUGCUGAAUUGGAGCAAUACAUGGCUAAAAAGAGAGAAAGGGAGCAAGAAGAUGCUAAACAAAGGUUAGAAACGCUGCGACGAAAUGCACGCUUAGAGAACGUCGAAUCUUCAGAAGAAUCGGAGGACGAGGAGACUUUGGCAGCUUCUGUAUUAGCUCUUACUCAAGGUGGAAAAAAGCCAGCGCCAAACAAUGCUAAUAUAAAACAAUUAGAGGAGCAACGCCGAAAUUCGAUAGUAGCACAAAAACAGCCUAAAGGAAUUUCUGGAGCGAAUAGUAUAGUGAAUACAUCCAACAAUUAUGAUAUUAUGUGGAGAUUUGAAAUGAAUCAGCGUGUUUCUUUUUUCAAACAGAACAAGAAGCAGUUCCCAAUGUUCCCAUAUCAAGAAGAAAAAUCUCGAUGGGAUGAUUAUGGUGAGGUUAUUCGUCCGGAAGAAUACAUGACUGCCGAAACUACAACUACUACAAAUACUUCUACUAGCCCUACAAUAAAUCCAAAAACUGAAAAAGAAGAUGAUGAUGUUGCUGAUGCAAAAAUGGAACGUCAAAGAAUACAACAAAUAAUCGAAGAAUGGCCUAAAAAAUGUGUUUCUUUUAUUACUAAAAUUGAGAUUCUAUGCAAAGUUGAAUUUAUCGAUUUUGAGGGGCGAUCUGAUGGAGAAUCAAUAAAAAAGAUUUUGAGUCAAAUAAAGCCUAAACAAUUGGUUAUUGUUCACGGAUCUGCUCCAGCUACUCGCCAUUUAGCCGAAUAUUGUCGUCAAAAUAAUGUGGUUCAAGGCAAAAUAUUUACCCCAAUGAUGGGUGAUGUGGUUGAUGCAACAAUUGAAUCUCACAUCUUUCAAGUAACUUUGAGUGAUCAGUUGAUGUCUUCACUGCUUUUUCAAACGGUAAAGGAUGCAGAAUUAAGUUGGUUAGACGCUAGGAUAAUAAGAAAAUCGGCGUUGGUUCCUGCUGCAUUAGAAAAAUUAGAUGAAGAUGUAGAAGCAAUAAAUGUUAUGGAAGAGGAAAAAGAAGUUGAGAAUGUAAAUGAGGAGGAAAGAAUGGAAGUUGAAAUUAGAAAAGAAGGAGAAAACGAAGAACCUAUGGAACAAGACAAUGAAAAAAUUGAUGAAGAGAAUUCGGAAAAAAGGGAAGAGAAAAUUGGUCAACAUGGAGAGGGUGUUGAACAACAAGAUGGUGUUGAAGCUGAAAAAGAAGCUACUACCCCUUUACAAAAAAUGACAACAACAGUUCCAGUCCCGGACCAACUUUUCCUCGAAUUACUUUCCUCUAGUGGAAUUCCACCACAUCAAUCUGUAUUUGUUAACGACCCAAAAUUAACCGAUUUAAAACAACUUUUGGCUUCUAGUGGGUUCCAUGCAGAAUUUCAUUCAGGAGUCCUUUAUGUUAACAACAUUGCUAAUGUUAGGAGAAAUGAGGCGGGAAGAUUUCAUGUUGAGGGAUAUGCUUGUGCUGAUUAUUAUAAAAUUAGGGAGAUAAUUUAUUCACAGUUUGCUAUUGUUUAA